GAGCACGUGUAGUGACGCAAAAGAUAGCUCUGCACAUGCGCAUAAUGAGCAGGGGACAUUGAAUUCAACGGGAACAUAUUUUGAUAUUCCAGGUGUAGUGUCAACCCAUUACAAAACAUAACCUGUUUUUUAAAGUCAUUUUCAGCUGAAGAAACAACGUACAGACCUUGUACCCCUUUGCUGUGUGUUUGUCCAUCCGUACCUUUGUUUGUCAUGCGCAGUAGAAUUUGAUGACAUUUUAGAAAACGUAACACAGGAAGAGCAACUGGUUAAAAAAAAAAAUUGAAACGUACUCAUCGGUCAUCUGAAGUCGGGAUCAGUUUAAUGAACUUUCAACCCGGGACAAAGUCCAGUACAGUAUUUGUUUUAAAUUCUUACAUGUAACCCACUUCUUCCGUUUCAGUUUAGCACAUACACUGUGUUGGGUUGUGCUGGGUUUAUUUAAGAAAAUGCCCCCGUUAAAGUUUUGUGCCAACCUCUCUUGGCUUUUCAACGAGCUGCCCGAGUUUACACAGCGGUUCCAAUCUGCAGCCGCAGCUGGGUUCAGAGCUGUGGAGGCGGCAUGGCUGUACGACGCAGACCUGCUGGAGCUUCAGAAAGCCAAGAAAGAGUCAGGAGUAGAGGUAGUUCUCAUUAACACACCGCCAGGUGAUUUAGGGAAUGGAGAUUGUGGACUCGGGGCCGUCCCUGGCAGAGAAGCGGAUUUUCGAAGAGGCCUGGAGCUUGCAGUGAAGUAUGCUAAAGCCCUGGACUGCAGCAGGAUCCACUUAAUGGCCGGGCGGAUUCCUAUGGGGCUGGACCGGGCUGCUGCAGCAGAGAUGGAGGCCACUUUUAUUGAAAACCUGACGUACGCCGCUAAUGUGUUGUUAAAGGAGGGGAUUCUAGGGCUGGUGGAGCCUAUCAAUACCAGGAUAACAGAUCCCCGAUAUUUCCUGAACACGCCACACCAAGCUGUUGAUAUUUUGCAGAAAGUUGGCAGCCCAAACCUAAAAUUGCAAAUGGACAUCUUUCACUGGCAGAUAAUGGAUGGGAAUCUUACACAAAACAUCAAAACCUACUUCCCACUCAUAGGUCACAUUCAGAUUGCACAGGUCCCUGAUCGGAAUGAGCCUGACAGCCAGGGAGAAGUGAACUUCCAGUAUCUGUUCAGCCUGCUGGAGGAGAUGGGGUACCAGGGUUAUGUUGGCUGUGAAUACAGACCCCUUGGUAACACAGAAGACGGGCUUGGCUGGUUGAGAGAGUACUGGAACAGCCACAAGUGAAGGGGAAGAGUUCUGUUUGACGUACCUGGACACCAAACUCAGUCCUAUGAUUCAUCCUUUACUAGAAACUAAACAGUGAUGCCAUUAUGGGCAGAUGUAGCAGAGCAGAGCCACAAGUUAUUUACACUUUGAUUUAUCAGCACCUGAAGAAUGAUUAAUCUGCUUCUGCCUUGUCUGUCAUAGCUGGAGUUUUAGCAUUAGGUGAUUCGUUGUACAUUAUUAACUUCUACACAUUUAUUAGUCAUGUUGAAGGAAUCAGUAAUGACUCUUGAGAGAGGUCACAGAUACCCAAAAUAGACAUGAAUGACCACAGUAGUGAAACUAUGGGAUAGAUAUACAUUGAGGUUACUAAUGUCCUCAAGAUAUCCUUGUAACAUUGGUAAUGCUUCUGAUAGCCGCAGAAGUGAUACAACAGUGAUUUCACAGGAAUGAUGUAUCGUUGAUAAGGAGUAAUAACACUGAUGUCACAGAUGGUGAGGAAGACGGCUUCCAUAAGGAAGGAAACCUUGACCUCGAGAUACAGGCCCAUGAUAUAGCUGCAUGCUGUUAAACCCAGGGGCAGGCAGUGACCGGUAGAGGCUAUCUGUAGCUGCUCCAGUCCUGCUGUUCGCCGCAGAUUAUUCUGUUAUUCGAUCGGGGAUUGGGGUCCCCAGGAUGGAACAAAAAUGGAUCAAUUCAGCCAUUAACACCCCUGAAGGUGCACUGCUGUGGUGACUAGCAUUCUAAGUUGUGCUACACCUUGUAAACAAGAUACCAUGAUUAGUUGUUUCCCGUCAAAUGGAAUAAAACACAAUGUGUACCUAAA